CUAUCUAUGGCACAUUCAUGGCCUGUAAGACAUGCUCGUCCAUGUGUUGAGAAGCUCCCUGGUAUUGCUCCUAUGCUUACUUGUCAACGUGUUAUUGAUGCUUUAUUCCCUACUACUCUUGGUGGUACUUGUGCUGUACCUGGUGCCUUUGGUUGUG